AAAAGGAAAGGAAAACAAUCCGGAGAAAAAACUCGUGAUGGGAUGGGUAGUGAUAACGGGUAAAAUAAUUAAUAUUAAUCUUUGAAACUCAGUUUGUACAUGAAAGUAACAGUGUUGUGCCUGAAUUUUUAAUUAAAUUAUUUAGAUUUAGUCUGUAAGUAUAUCUCUCACAAAUUACCCACCGGACACAUGAAAUUCCUACCAUGGAUGACAGAGAUGACAGUGAUGAUGAUUCCAUCUCGAAUUCAAAAUUCAACUUCACAAAUUUCCUCUUUGGUAAUGUUGAUGCAUCUGGCGAACUGGAAGACGAUGGUUUCCUUGACCGUGAGUCCAAAAGACAUUUGUCAUCUCUCGGUCGGUUUGGUCUGAAUACUUUGCUCAAUGAGGUGAUCAGUAACGAUGACCUGAAACUUGUUGAUCAGUCAAAUGGCACUGUACCUAUUUCAAAUGGUGAUGCACAUGGUACAGUUAAACUUGAGGUAGAAUCACUAGAGGACAAUGAUUAUGAUUUAAAGUCUCCCUCAGCGGUUGAUUUCUCCGAUUUUGCUGAAGUUGCGGAGGAUGUCAGCGAACCUUUUGAUCUGAGGUCAAUAAAUGAUUGCAAUGGUGAAACCACAGAUUAUGAUGCUGAUGAUGAAGAGGUCGGUCUCAAAGUAAAUUGUGACCUGAAGCCACCAACUUCCUCUGGAGAAAAUGAUGGUGUCAUUGGAACGAGCGAUAAUGAGGAUAAUAAGAAACUUGAGACCCCGCUGGCAGCAAUGCUCCCCUCUAAGUAUGCUGGUGUUGAUGUUAGAGACUUGUUUCCUGACUUCCGGUUUGGCAAGGUAUUGCGAUUCUCAAGACUGUUUGGUGUUGGCAAGCCUAGCAGUUUGCCUCAAAUCUGGCGAAAUGUCAAGAAACGACGAAAGAAGAAGAAAAAAGACGAUGAUGGGAACCAGCGUUAUUUGUCAGAUUCGGGCUCUGAUUCAGAAACUCGAAAACCAGGAUGGGCCUUCAAUUAUGCUCCUCCCCCGGAACUAGACCAAGUUCAAUCUGACGAUGAAGACAAGCUUUUGAGGCCUGACGACGACAAAUCAGCACCAAAAACCGAAGAAAACAGCGAGAACCCGGAUGCGGGCCCAAGAGUGGCAGAUUGGAGAUUCGGUCCUGCACAAGUAUGGUACGAUAUGUUAGACGUUCCAGAAACCGGAGAAGGUUUCAACUAUGGCUUCAAAAUUAAACCAAAAGUGAGUUCCCCGACCGAGAACAAAGCGGAGCCUUUUCCAGAUGAUGCAUUUCUAAUGGUGUCUCAGUUGCAUUGGGAAGAUGACGUAGUAUGGAACGGAGAGGACAUCAAACAUCAGGUCAUUCAGAAGUUAAACUCGAAAACAAAUGCUGCUGGGUGGGUUCCGAGCAGUGGGAAUAGAACAGCGCAAACGUUUAGUCAGCCAGGGAAAGGAAUCAACCCAUUGAAUCCGCUUGCUGGUGUGGGCGGUGUACGUCUGGCCACAAGUCAAAUGAAUUCUUCAGCCACGAACAAGCUGGCCGGAAAAAGUCAAAUGUCAGGAAAAGGUGGUCAGAAGGCUGAUGACAACGGAGAUGACACCUGGUACUCGAUAUUCCCAGUUGAAAACGAAGAGCUGAUCUACGGUCUGUGGGAGGAUGAAAUUAUCUGGGAUGCGGAGGCGAUGAGCUCGAUCCCAAAGCCAAAAAUCUUGACGUUGGACCCGAAUGAUGAAAACAUAAUCCUAGGAGUGCCGAACGAUGUUGAUCCCACAAAACAAAGAUCAGACAGUGCGACACCAGUCAAAGUGAAGAUUCCACAUCCACACGUGAAGAAGUCAAAGAUCCUUCUUGGCAAGGCUGGUGUCAUCAAUGUCCUCGAGGAAGAUGCGCCCCCACCUGAGCCAGAGUCUGCCGAUCAUGACCCCUUCAACGUGUCCAAUGACAGCCACUACAUGCCACGGUCAACGGAAACCUCACUACGAAUGAAAGUUGCUGGAGCAAACCUGAUCCAGCACUCAACUCCGGUUGUCGAAUUGCGGCCACCAUUUGUCCAGACACACAUGGGACCGAUUAGACUGCGUAACUUCCACCGUCCACCAAUGAAACGAUUCUCACACGGUGCGCUCGCCCACCCCGGCCCACACCCAGUCAACCCGUUGGUGAAACAUAUCAAGAAAAAGGCCAAACAACGUGAGCAAGAGCGAGCCGCAUCGGGAGGCGGUGACGUUUUUUUCAUGCGCACUCCAGAAGACUUGACAGGGAAAGACGGUGAACUGGUUCUCGUGGAGUUCUGCGAAGAGCACCCUCCUCUUAUAAACCAAGUAGGAAUGUGCACCAAGUUCAAAAACUACUACAAAAGAAAAGCUGGUAAGGAUACAGGCCCUCCGGAGUUCAAAUACGGUGAAACUGCUUUUGCGCAUACGUCACCUUUUCUGGGUGUCCUUUCUCCAGGGAAAGCGAUUCAAGCUAUUGAAAAUAACAUGUACCGAGCUCCGAUUUAUGAACAUAAAUUGCUUUACUCCGAUUUCCUCGUUAUUCGGACAAGACACCAGUAUUCCAUAAGGGAGGUCGAUGCUGUGUUCACGGCCGGUCAGUUAUGCCCUCUUUACGAAGUACCAGGACCAAACUCCAAACGAGCGAAUAAUUUCGUUCGAGAUUUCCUGCAGGUAUUCAUUUACAGACUGUUUUGGAAAAGCCGAGAUAUUCCAAAACGUAUUAAAAUGGAUGACAUCAGAAGAGCGUUCCCGUCCCAUUCAGAAAGCAGUAUUCGAAAAAGACUGAAACUAUGUGCUGAUUUCAAAAGAACUGGAAUGGAUUCGAAUUGGUGGGUGAUCAAACCUGACUUUCGGCUCCCAACGGAAGAAGAAAUCCGAGCGAUGGUGUCUCCUGAACAGUGUUGCGCUUAUUUCAGCAUGAUUGCAGCUGAGCAGAGAUUAAAGGAUGCAGGAUAUGGAGAGAAGUUCAUCUUUACACCGCAAGAUGAAGAUGAUGAAGAAAUGCAGUUGAAGAUGGACGAUGAGGUUAAGGUUGCUCCGUGGAACACAACACGAGCGUACAUCCAAGCAAUGAAAAGCAAGUGCCUUUUACAGUUAACUGGACCUGCUGAUCCAACUGGCUGCGGAGAGGGUUUCUCCUACGUCCGUAUUCCCAACAAACCAACGCAAAGCAAGGAGGAACAAGAAGCACAACCAAAGAGGACUGUCACUGGAACGGACGCUGAUUUACGUAGGCUUUCACUUAGCAAUGCAAAGAAUCUUUUACGGAAGUUUGGUGUACCCGAAGAAGAGAUUAAAAAGUUAUCCCGUUGGGAGGUCAUUGAUGUGGUGCGUACACUGUCAACAGAAAAAGCAAAAGCAGGAGAGGAAGGCAUGACCAAAUUCUCUCGAGGCAACAGAUUUUCCAUCGCAGAACAUCAAGAAAGGUACAAAGAAGAGUGUCAGAGAAUCUUCGACCUUCAAAAUCGAGUUUUGUCAUCUUGUGAAGUCCUGUCGACAGAUGAGGGUGAAAGUACUGACGAAGAAGACAGCUCAGACAUUGAGGAGAUGGGAAAGAAUUUAGAAAACAUGCUGGCAAAUAAGAAAACUAGCACACAGCUUUCCUUAGAAAAGGAGGAACAGGAAAGGCAAGAACUACGGAAAUUAAUAAUGGGAGAAGGCGAUGCAGAGGCUCGUAAAAACAAAGAUAAAAGAAAGGAUGAUGAAGAUAGCCAGUCGAUGAGCAGUUUUGCCACUUCAAAACAAGGUCGUGUACUCAAAAUUUACCGCACUUUUCGAAAUGCCUCUGGGAAAGAGUAUACUCGAAUGGAGGUUGUGCGGAAACCGGCGGUCAUUGAUGCAUAUGUGAAAAUCAGAUCAACUAAAGAUGAGGCAUUCAUCAAGCAGUUUGCAACCCCUGAUGAUGCUCAGAAAGAAGAAAUGAAGAGAGAGAAACGGAGAAUUCAGGAACAGCUUAGAAGGAUCAAGCGGAAUCAAGAACGCGAACGCUUCCCUGGAAGUUCAACAUUGGGCGAUGGCUCUCCAUCUAGUCACUCAAAAAACAAGCACAGGUCGGAUAAAUCUGGUGAGCCCCCGCGUCGGAAAAGGCCGAUUAAAUUGAAGCCUGACUUGAAACUCAAAUGCGGUGCUUGUGGUCAAGUGGGGCACAUGCGUACGAAUAAAGCAUGCCCAUUAUAUUCGUCAAAUGCAUCUACCAGUAAUGCAUCAGUGCCGAUGUCGGCUGAUGAGCCAGAAGAAGAAACCGAGAAGGAGGUUAUGCAAGAAGAAGAAGACUUAGUCAACAUUGACGGGACCAAAGUUACUCUAUCCGGAAAGUUGAUAAAGCAAACAGAAGAAUUGAAGCGUAAGUCACUUGUGUUGAAAGUGCCGAAGGAUGCAAUGGGUCUGAAGAAAAAACGUAAAGGAGCAGACGAACUGCACUGCGACUACUUGAAGAAACAAGAGCGGCCGGCUAACAGACGCCGCACAGAUCCUGUUGUUGUUUUAUCCUCUAUUCUGGAAUCGAUUCUGAAUGAAAUGCGAGAUUUACCAGAUGUUCAACCAUUCCUGUUUCCUGUCAAUGGCAAAGUUGUUCCUGACUACUACAAAAUUGUUAGCACUCCGAUGGACUUGCAGACUAUCCGAGAAAAUCUGCGCAAAAGCCGUUACCAAAGUAGGGAGGAGUUUUUGUCGGACGUCAAUCAAAUUAUUGAAAAUUCAACGUUAUACAAUGGUGCCAAAAGUUCCUUGACAGUAGCUGCGAAACGUAUGCUUCAAUUAUGUGUCGACCGAUUAAGCGAGAAAGAAGAGCGUCUCAUGCGUUUGGAGAAAGUGAUAAACCCACUCUUGGAUGAUGACGAUCAAGUGGCUUUAUCAUACGUUUUUGAUAACAUUGUCACGACAAAAUUAAAAGCGCGAACUGGCGCCUGGCCUUUCUUGAAACCUGUCAAAAAGAAAUUGGUUCCAGACUACUACAACAUUGUUAAGAAUCCUAUAGAUUUGGAGACAAUCUCGAAGAAAGUCAACGCUCACAAAUAUCACUCCCGGCAAGAAUUCCUGCAUGAUAUCGAGCUCAUUCUGGAAAACUGCAUUUUAUACAAUGGGAAAGACUCCUCUUUUACGCAACAAGCGGAGCAGCUGGUUUCCAUAACAAAAGAAGCUCUAGGAAGUUAUGGGGAUAACCUAUCGCAAUUAGAAGCGAAUAUCAACAAAACGCGGAAGAGAGUACUUGAACAAACGGAUUAUGAUUCUUUGAGCCAGUGGCAAGACGAAGAAAGCUACUCACAUUCCUCUCACCAUUCAAAAGACUUUGAGUUCGUGUCUGUUGGGAAACCAUCAUCUGAUUUGAGAAAAGAGACCGGACUCCUGGAAAAAGAUUUGCAGUUCUCAAGUGAAGAAGAAGAAGUUGAAGGGCAAGGGAUAAAUGCGGAUGAUGACAGUCACCAGGUGGCUGAGGCAAUGAUGCAGUUGGGAAACAUCGCUUAUUUUUCAAAUCAGGGCGAGCCCUCUGUUUCUGGCCCCAGUUCAGGUCCUCAGCAUAUCGAUGAAGAGACUAUGGAUGUCGAUCCCAACUACGACCCAUCAGACUUUUUGAGAGCGCGGCAAAACAACCAAAUGGAGGUGCAGGAAACACCAGCAGACGACCAUAGAAUGGAUUACUAUGUUGAUCAGGAUGCAGAAUCAGGUCGGACCUCGGAGGCGAUGAGGAUGAAAUCGGAACACAUUCAAGAUGACCUGCAGGUCAGUGAAUCGGAGGAUGAAGCCCAUCAUGGGAACGCAUCGCCAGAAACCCAAUCGACCGUUGUCAAACAAGAGGAAGAUAUGGCAGGAGACCUUUGGUUUUAAAUUCAUUUUUGGUGCUACUCAUCUCCUUCCUAACUUUAAUUUUAAGAUAGGUUUAAGGGUUCGGUGGAAAAGCAGCUCUUUGCAGGGAGAACCAUAUUGUGAAUGAGAAUAAGAUUUUACGCGUUUUAAAUUCUGGUCAUUUAACUCCAUUUUCUACUUGAAGAUUACAGUAUUCUGAAAAUGUGGAUCAUUGAAUAGCCUUUUAUUGGCACCUUCAGGCAAUCGUAAUUUAUCAUACGUUCAUUAUUUAAUUUAUUCAUUCUGAAGAAGAAUCUUGACCCGUUAUAGUCUGAAAACAAAAUAAAAUUCGAAUUGAAACUGAUCUCAGGAGGCAAAACAAAAUUCUCGUAGUUUCAGCAUGCCAUGCUCCUGUCACCUUUUUUCUCUAAACUCUAGAGUUUAAAAUACUGGGUUGCCAUCAUCAGGGAAUUCAAAAAAAUGUCAAGAAAAAUGACUAAAAAGUCAAGCAAAAAUUUUCAAAUCACCCUUCAAACAAGAAAUUUUGCGCGAAAACUAUUUCAAAUAGUGUCUUUCUCACCACCCAGAAUAUCCCCAAUCGUCAGGGAAUUUUACAAAAAUGUGGCUGGGAAAUCAGGGAAAUGUCAGGUAUUUUCAUCUUCUAACUACUGUGGUAACCCUGAAUAUAGGAGUAAGCCUUUGUCCAUUCCCCCAAGGGUUCUCAGUUGACCUCUCUAGGUCAUUGUAACUAUACUCAGUGCAAAAAUCCAAGAUCUUCAGUCUGAUCUUUAUAUUUUAUUUUCAGGUGCUAGUACCCCAAAGCACUUACUCUGCCAUAAUUACUAUAUUUUUUUUAUUUUUUUUCCUUCCUUUCUUUUAUUUUUUAAUCUCCAAAAAUCUCUCUUGCGAGCAAAAGUAUGAAUAAGAAACCGUCUCAAUAAUAAAUAGUUUAACCUCCUUGCCUUUCAGGGUGUUUUUGUUAGAUUGUUACGUAGUAGGUUUUUUUAAGUUAAAUAACCUUUUUUUUCUGAUUUUACACAGAAUUUUUUGAAUUGUUGAACCUGUUAUAAAGGCAAGAUGACCCAAGUGUCGGUUAGAGCCCAAGUGCACUUAAUUUCAUUGCCCAAUGACGGGCUUCUCCCUUUUCUAUUAUUUUUUUAAUCACUUUUUUGUUGAUAUUAUUUUUAUUAGAUUCAUUUCCAUCGAAAUGAACACCAAUGAUUUUCUUAUCUAAUUCUUCUCAUAGAUGUAACCCUUUUUUCAAAUAAUGAGUGGAAAAGCUUUAUUCAGAUUUAAUCAGAAUUAGUUUUUAAUUACUAUUUUGGUAAUUUUGUUUUUUUUAUUAUUUUUGUUCUGUCAAACAAGUAUGAAAUAACGUAACAGGUUAUUUUUUUUCCACUUUGUCAACUACAAAAGAAAUCAUUUUUAAUAACCCCAAAUUUAAUGAUUCUGAAUGUUUGAAAUUCUCGAUUUAAGGUUUCAAAAUUUUUUCUAUGUAGGGCCUGCGAACUCACAUUAGAUUUCAGAGGAGACCGCUUAUAGAUAAAGCUCUAAAUAAGGAGCUUGCCUUGCUUUCAUUUUAUUUUUGGGUUCGGUCUGUCUGUAGUGAAAAAAUGGAAAAUUUUGAUAAAAAACAAUCAGCUGUGCCAUAAAUAAGUGUUCUUUACUCAGAUUGUUUAGCUGUUUUAUCAAAUAAUCGAGCAUGCAAAAGUUGAAUGAAAAGUGGCCUUAAUUUGAAAAAAAGUUUUUUAAAUUUUGUUAUCAUUUAGAUAAUUUCUUUUUUCUUUUACUUUUUUUAAAAAAAUUCUUCAAUUCUUUCAUGAAAUUUCCUUCAACAAUCUAUUUUCAUGUUGUCGACGCCUAAUUUCUUCAUGGUCAGUUUCCUCCUUCUUACCAUUUAGCCUGUAGUUUUAUUGACCCUUUCAAAUGAGCAUAAUAUACAUUCUUAGUCUUGUAAUGUACGCAUACUAUGAAACUCAUAUCUUCCCAUCCUCCAGAAUUUUCAAUGUUUUAAAAUAAAACUUUGAAGUUUUUCAUAGCAAACUAUUUUUGAAACACUUAUAUAUGUCAAAUAUUUUUGAAUUUUCUCUUAUACUCUGGCUUAACCUCCAAAAAAGUAAAACUGAUACAGAAAAAUGAGCCUUUUUCUAAGUGCCUUACAUACUUGAAACGGUAUUAAUAGAAUGUCAUUUAUUCAAAUAGUUCCAAGGAAUAAGUUUUUUCCAUUAUUGUCUGAUUAUUGUCUGUUUCUACCAUCAUUAAAUUUUCUUUCUAUCUUCUUUAGCCCUUCAUAUUUCGGCAAAAUUUGAAAAGAUUUUAAAUUCAGUCAUGGUGCUUUGAAGGCACAAUAACUAUCUAAGCCUAAGCUGCAUUUUUAAGAUAUGAGCUGAUUUCUCUCCAUAAGAAUGGUAUGAAAGGAAUAUUUUCAAGUGAAUUUUUUUUUGGCUGAGAAUAAUUGAAAAAUAUGCCGAAAGUACUUGUUUUUAUGUAGUUUCUAUUUUAUAUUAGCAUAAUGUAAUUGUUAUGAACUCAGCGUUUCAGACUUUGCAAACAAAAACUCAGGGAUAAGAGAGAUUAAAAUGGAAAUCCUCAUUACUCCGAACGCAUGGCGUUAAUUUGUGUGUACAAAAAUAAUUUUAAGUUGUUCUGUGCACUUCUAGCAAGAUAGAUAUUAUCGUUUAUAUUCGUAUAUGAUUGUAAUUUGUAAUGUGGGAUUAUCCAGAAAUGAUCAGACAUUCUUAUAACUUCUGAACAAAUCAAUAAGGAGAUUGGAUUGGUAUUUCCAUUUUUUUGAGCCGUAAAUUCCUAUUUUUUUUUUUUUUUUUUUUUUUUGAACAUCCACAGUCAGAAAGUUUGAGUUUGACUCAGUUUUGAUUCAGAAUCCAACUUCUACCCAGCUUUAAUUUCCUCUGAAGUUAUAGGAGUGAUCUGAAACUCCUGCAGACUGAUUUUUGUAAUUGAUAGACAAAGAAGACAAAAAGGAAAAGAAGCAUUCCUAUCAGUGGAAAAACAGUGGUUGCGUUGUACAAAGGAAGUAAGUAAUAGACUAAUUAAGGGCAAUUGACAAUAGUUAGUCCAUCACUUCCUUUCAUAGUAUAUAAUGACCACCCGCUUCAACCAAUAGGAUCGUACCAUUUUCCUUUUGUCCUCCUUGUCCAUCGCUUUGUAUAUCAUUUCCUACUUGCUACCCUGUAUAAUAUUCGCAGUAAGGUUGAACUAUCUGUACCGACUUUAGAAGGGUUUAGUUCUAAUUGUCUUCUUCAGCUUUAUUUUCUCGUAUUAUUGGUGCCUUUUCUUUAGUGUUUAUACAUUUUUUAUAUUUUUCUUAUUUACUUGUAUUUUAUGAUGUAAUGUUGGGAAAAUGUGAGGUUUGGUCAAGAGGGUUCUCUGAAGCUGUGGUAUUUUUAAGUAGGUAGAAUGUGCGCUUCCAGCUUUGAGAAAGGUUAGGACGCCAUUCUGAUAAAUUAAAUGUUGCAUUUAUUAUUUCAUUAUUGUUAAUUGUUUUGCAUUCUUUUAGGUAAUUUUUUUGUAAGGAAUUCAGACUGUCUGAUGCAUGGCCUGUGCAAUAUAUUUUCUUGCUGUGUUUAAAUGCUCAGAUAUAUGGCUCUUAGAGUCAAAGAAAACAUGAAAAAAAGCUUGAAUUACUAAGCAGAGGGAACCAGACUUGAUUCAUAACGCAAUGAACGCAAAAGUUUGUAGGAUGGUGGAUUUUUAAAUGAAUUGAAGUAUCAAUUUAACAAAUUUCAGUUCAGUUUAAAGUUUGAAGCGCAUAACUCUCAACAAGAUUUUGACUGUGCUCCUGAAGGCCUAAUCAUGUUGAAGUAAAAAUACUUUUAAUUACUUGGGAAUACAGAUUACGCAUUUUUUUUUCUUUCUUUAUUCUUUCUUUUUUUUUAAAUGAAAAUGAACAUUUUCAGAUAUGAGGUGUAGCAAUUGUAUUGAUGAUCUGAAGCUAAAAAGCCAGUUGAAAACUUGAGAAGCUAAGGAUAUGUUUUCAAAGUACGUUUGAUUUUGCUUAUAUUGCUUGCACCUCCUCAUCAAGAAUAGUAAUACCGUGAACUUAUUUUUUUUCCAAGUACCAAAGGAAGCUCAAAAUUGCUGCCGGACUCAAUUCGGUCACUAUCUCCUUUAAUUUUUCAAAUUUUUCUUCUUCCGAUAGAAAACCUGUACCUUCAAGAAAAAGCUCACAAAGUGCUCACUGCUUCCACUUUAGCAUCUGUCUGGUUCCUUUUUUCUGUUUUCAUCUCAAAUCAUGAUAAAAAUGUACAACUAAGAGCCACAGUAUAAACUCUUUUUGCGAUAAACUAAUUUCUCCUAUAAAAUGCAUUUACGCAACUUUGUCCAAAA